CUACUCCCUGGAGCUGGACAAUGCAGAUGUGUAUCGCCUGCCUUACCUCGACAGUGGAGAGCCCGGCUUUUCCCUCCUAGAGACGGCCCGCAAGGCCAAUCCCAAGCAGCUUGGGGAGAGGAUCCAAAACACGCUCUCUUCCUCGAGCUGGACGGUGCCAACAGUGAUCGCGUGGGGCAAGGACGACCCAUACAUCCCCAUCGCCGAGGCUCAGGCCAUUGCCAAGGCCAACUCUUCAUCGGUCACUCUCCGCGUGUUGGAGGGCGCCGGACACACGCCUCAGGAGGACUGGUCAGAGAAAGUGGUGGAUAGCCUUCGAGUGUCCUUCAACUGA